AUGGGAAACGAAGAGUUAGCCCCUGAAAACACUUCUCCAUGCGAUGUGAAGAAGUUACUCAUAGUCUUCUUGGUCAUAGCCGGCAUGGUUGCGAUUGUUGUUUUCGGUGUUGUAGAACUCGAUAAGGAAGUUGACAGGAUAUAUAAAAAAGCAGAAAAUUAUGUCCCGGAAAUUACAAUACCUUCUACUGAUUUCAACGUGCUUAAUGUAACCGAGAGUCGUCUUGAUGUAAAGUGGGAUUUAUUGAUCAGGCUUCCAUCGGAUCUUCCUGGUUACUAUAUGUGUCUCAAAGGGGAUUUUCAGGUUUUCAUGCUUUACAAAGAUAUUAUGGAAGAUGUUAAGCAAAGUGGUGAGAUACGGUUUGGAUCGAGAUUUAUUCUUCCGGAUUGCAGAAAGUGGACGAAGCCAAAUAUGAACUAUACGUGUGAUGAAGCUACGUUACGAUUCGAGCCUGGUUCUCAGAGGAAGGCAAUAUCGUUUGGAAAACAGCCUACUUGCCGCUAUGUUCGCUAA